GCCCUCUUGCCGCAAGUAGUUAAACUACGUUAAUUUAAAACUCACAAAACUUCAACACGAUUACUUUGGUGGAUAAAUUUAGUCAAGUCACAAACCUUAUGUAGCCCAACUCACCAAACGAUAAACGAUAAGAGAUCAACACACACACACAACCAAAUUACAAAAAAAGUUUUUAGUAAAAGUGUAGUCAUUUGGUAAGCACACCACUUCACCAUAAAUGGCUGACUAUAUAACCGUAGUAGAAGUUGAUGAUCCAACUUCCCAAGAUCCUAACCUAUUGCUGCGAAAAACACCACCACACACACCCAGCGAUGAAGAUCCAUCUUUUAUAACUGUGUUAUCGAUAAAUAACAAUAAUAACCUGCCACACCACACACAGAAUGUGGGGAAAGGUCUAGACUCUUCUAAUGCGGAAACAGAAACUGUGGUGGUUUUUCGUUUACCGGGAGAACGUUUGGGUUUUGGUCUCAAAUUUCAAGGUGGCACAAGGAGUACAGAAAAAGUACAAAAGCUGUUUAUACAAUCCUGUGCCAAGGAUAGUCCCGCGGCCAAAGUAAUGACCUCUUGGGGUCAAUUGAGGGAGGGAGAUGAGAUCGUUAAGAUUGAUGAUAGUUGGGUAAGAGAUAUGACUAGAAUAGAAUGUGUUAAGGGUUUGAAAGAUAAUGUAGCUAUUAAGCUAGAGGUGCGUAAUGGUAGGGGUCUAAAGCCCAUGGAUUUAGAGGAGGAUUAUGAUCAGAGAGGACAUAUGACCACCUUUACCGGGGGCAGUGGUAAAAUGAAAGGAGCACCACCGCCACCACCACCAGUGCCUCCCAGAAAGCUGGUGAAAAAACCCAUAGCUAAUAAAGAAUUGGAAGAAAGUGUGGCACAAAGUACGGAGGUUACGGUAGAGGAUCAAAAUCAAGAGAAAUCCUUUACCCCACCCCCUGAUGCAGAGUUUUAUAUAAAUCUCUUUGCUGAAAAUAAUGCCAAUAAUAAUAGUAAUCAUUCUAACUCAAGGCAGCACAAUGCUGGUUCCGAAUCUGAUGAUACGGCCAGCACUAUAUCCACAGUUAUAGAUCGCUAUUCUAUUACUUCUACUUAUUCCUCAGAAUCGGAUCUAUCGGGUUUUAAUUCCUUAACAAAUGGCCAGGCUAGUGUGAUAAAUAAACCAGAAUUGGCUAAAGUUUUAAAGCCUUUUACCAUGUUGGAACAAGAGUUCAAUUUGGCUGGGAAUACAGAGCAGGCUUUGUCCAGUGUUUUGGAUACUUCUUUGGACUUGGAUUUAAAUAAUAUUACCCUAAUACCGGGCAAUAAUUAUGAGAAUAUAGAAUUUAAGACUCAGAAGAUUAAUGUUUACGAGAAUAUGGAACUGAGACCUAAAGAGGAACCAAAAGAGGUUGAUGUGACAGCUGAAGAUAAAAAGGAAGAAGAGGUUAAGCAGCUAACGCCCACUCCCAAACCUAGACAGGUUACAGCCCAUAUAGAACCCAAGAAAAGAUCCAUAAUACCUAUGCCAAGGAAAUUAAGUAAUACAGGAAAACAAGCCAUAGAAGUGCUACCGCCCAAGGUGCCAGAUAAUGUGGUACUUCCGAGUACUCCAAACCCCAAAGUUGUCACGCCUACAACACCCACCACGCCCACAAAUGACUUGCCUGCAGCCAAAGAAUUGUCUGCUAAAACUAAUUCUCCCACAACCCCCAAUGGUGUGGCCACAAGUCCCAAGGAAUAUGCCACCAAAAUUCCUAAAGCUAUUCUCACACCUCAAAGUCAACAGCAACUACUAGAACGGGCCAAAACAGAAAGCGAGAUAAAGCUAAAACCUCAAAGUAAAUUAGAAAAGCUUAAACUACAAACUAGCGACUUUUUGGAAAAGGAACAAGGCAAUAAACAAAAUAAAACUCCUUCACCCACCAAGUCCCGCAUACCCAUACAUUUGACCAACAAACGUUCGCUAGAAUUGGAAAGCUCUACGGGCAAACCUAACAGCAUAAAAUCACCCACAAAUAUACCACGACGCCUAACCAAACAAAAGUCGGAAACUGAUUUAAAUUUAAAUUAUCUAAUAAAUACUCAAUCUAAGGAAUCUAGUCCUCUUAGUAACUCCAAAAUUCCUCUACAACGCACCAUAUCAGCUGAGGCUAAAUUUAAAAGUCCUGAUCGCACUCUCAUACCCAUACUUCAACAGAGUACUGGAUCUACUUUAAACUCCUCCUCGGAGAGUAUAAGCAGCACGGCCUCUGGUUCCAAGAAUCGUGGACCCAAACCCAAGCCACCAGAAAGAGUACAAUCUUUGCCCAAAACUAAUAUACCCAAACUAUCGCUUAAUAAUGUAACCACUGUAGCCGUAGUAGACCGAUCGGUUACACCCUCCAGUCCCCUCACCGCACAAAUGCCCAGUAUGCAGACCUUUAAACAGACCUCACCUAAACCGCAGGAAAAACCCUCAACUCCCCCCUCACCCAGUCGAGAAAUACGUUUUAAAAUACAAACCUAUGAAAGUAAGACACAGACCAAUAAAGACACCCCAAACGUAUUUCAAGAUCAGGAAGAACAUUUACCCAGUCUUUUCGAACUACAAAGACGCAGCACACCGCCCAGUACCCGUAAAACAGAAGACUCUUCUUCAACAGCCGACAAUUCUAAAGAAUCUUCACCCUCCUCCACCAUACGCAACUUAUUUGGAGAACACUCACAGGAAAAAGAAAAAGAAGACGAUGACAAUGAUAAUGAAGACCUAGAUUGUACUACGCCUCCACCACUGGUAGUGGGUAAAUGCAUGAAAAUUGAUGACUCCUCUGCACCGCUAUACUACUCUAGUUCCAGUAGUGAUGAUGAGGAUGAUAUGGUCGAUGUUAAUGGUUAUGAGGAAAAGGAUUAUAUAUGUGAAGAUGGUGAGAAAUUGGGUCCGCCUGAGCUGAUAAAUGGACCAGGACCUUCUGAGGCCUAUUUCAAUCUCUAUUGGCAUUCGAAUAUGUUGCCUACCAUAGGUGAAGUGGAGGAGGAAUGCUCUUCGCUAGAACCGCAAUCACUAACAAAUGGACCCAUUGUCAUAGUCGAUGACUUGAGUCAACAGAAACCGGUGAAUAAAACGGAUAACGAACAAACGAAAGACACAGAGAAAGUAGUGAAAAUAGAAGAGACAACGAGUGCAAUAAAUAAUAACAAUAAUACCAAACUCAAGAAACCAAUAUUCAUAGGAGUUCCCGUACUACCGCCCACUGUGCCGGUAACAGAGUUACAAAAUUUGAAAAAGAAGGAGUUGAAGGAGAAUAAAAACAAAAUGAGUGAAGUGAGUGAAGAAAAAGAAAAACAGUUAAAUUUGAAAGAAAGUGAAGAAGUGAAAGAAAAAGAAAGUGGGGAACCAGAGGUAGUUGAUGGUAAAGAAAAAGAGGAAUUGAAAAUGGAAAAGAAGGAAGAAAAAGAGAGUUUGGAGCAGCAAAAGAUAGAACAAGUGAGUAAAGAGGUUAAGGAAAGUAAAAGUUUAGAGAAAGAGGAGACUAAAGCGGAAGAGCAAACCCAUAGUGAGAUUUCAAUGGCUGCGGAAACCUUCCAAACUGCUACAUCAGAGGUGAGUGACAACAAAACCGCCUUAUCCGAGACUAAACAGGAGGUAAAAACCGAAACCAAACAAACUACCACCAAAUCCUCAACCUCUACCACUACCACCACCAAGAAGGUAAUCAAAUCAUCAACCACCUCCUCUACCGUAGUAGAAUCGAAAACCUGCGACAAUUUACUAGAUGCCAUAGACGAUUUACCCGAAGAAUUCAAAAAGGUAUUGGUAGAAUGCAAAACUCCCGACUCCCCAAAACCCAUAUCAUUUUCGCUACAACCCUAUACGGAACGUAUAGGCAAUACCAAAAUCACCGUAAUGGAGGAAAGACAAUUUGAAACCGAUCAAAAGGCCUAUGCUGAAAUACGCACGCUGGACUCCAAAACGGGUGAGGAGAAAAUACAAAAAUCCAGUGAAACCCAUAAAGAGAAAGCCAAACUCAAGAAGGUGCACAGUCAGGAUAGUCUCGAUGACAAGGUCAAACAACAGCAGCAGCAGCAACAACCGAUAACUGUUACCGCCCAAGCGGAAACAAGAUUAUCGGAAGAGGCCUUGAAUCCACAAGAUAAUCAAAGUAUUGUCAGAGGUAUUUUGAAUCUAUCGGAGUGUGGUAAACAAUUGCAAGCCAACGAACAAGGAGGCAUCGAUCUUUUGGAGUGUGAACAUCAAAUAUUGGAAACUUUCGAGGAUAGUGAACAGUUGAUAAGUCCCCAAAAGGAGGAGAAAUCUAACGAGAAGCCUUCGCUUAUACGAGAGCUCAGUGAAACCUUAAUGGUUACAGCAGAUGGUGAAAAACAGAUAACCAAACGUUCGGAGAUAACUAAAGAGGAAUUGGCCAAGGAAGCUGGAUUUGAGCAAAAUGAUCUGGUCCAAAAUAUAAUGGAAAUGGAGGCUAAUAAAUUGAUUAACGAAGAGACCCAACAGUUGAUAGAUUCCGUGUUAAAAGAUGCUGAGAAACAGGCGAACAAACGUGUAGAUUCUAGCAAGGAUUCCGGGAAGAAGGGACCCAAAUUGGUUAAGAAAACCGAGGAGGAAAAGAAAUUGGAAAUGGAGGCUCAGAAACUAAUCGAAAGCUAUCAAAAGGUUAAAAAAGAGGCGGAGAAACUUUUCCAAUAUGAGGCCGUCGAUGAAAGAGGUUUCGAUUUAAGUGAUUUGGAAAAGGAACAAGAGAAAGAGAAGGAAACUAAAAAAGAAAAUGCCAUAAAGAUUGAGGAGAAAAAGAAGCCUGAGAAUCAGGAAGAAGUAAUUGAAAAGGAGAAUGCGUCAGUCAAUGUUCAAGAAGUUGUUAACAAGACUGACAUUAAAACUGAAGUUAUUGCGGAAGAUGAAACUAAACAACCUGAAAUUGUCAAGGAAAAAGUAAAGGAUUCCAAACUAGCAUCGCUAGUUCCUGAGGUUGUAGAACCAACUCAACCGGUCUUAGUAACAACACCCAAUUCUUCUCAGGAUUUCAUUGACAAUGAACCUUUGUAUGUCUUGCAUAAGAAUAUUAUAGAAACUAAAGAUGUUUCAACUCCAAUUAAAGAAAUUACGAAAGAGCUUGUUGAGAAUGAAAAUGUAGAACCAAAAGAGGAUCUUAAGAAAGAAAAACCUUGCAAAGAAGAAACUCCCAAGACCAAUGAAUCCAAAACAGAAUCUCUUAAACAAGUAUCAAACAAGAUCAAGGACUUACAAACUGAAGUUCCUAAACAAGAGACUCCCAAUAUCAAGGAAUCUAAAACAGAACUUCCAAUACAAGAGUCGCCAAAGAGCCAGGAAUCUAGUGUAAAACCUUUAAAACCAGAGUCUCCAAAGAUUCAGAAAACCACAAAGAUACAGGAAAUUCACAACGAACUUUCAACGACUAAGACUCUAAAGGUCCAGAAGACUCACAAAGAACCCUUGACUCCCGAAACUCCUAAGAUCCUAGAAAAACAAAUAGAACUACCACCUCUAAAGAUCCAGGAAACUAAAACUGAAAGCCCUAAAGUGGAGGUUACAACAGAGAAAAUCAAAUCCGUUAAAUUGUCUCCCAAGCUAAAGAAAUCUUCAAAGAAAUCAGAGAGUUCAACGCCCAUUAAAGAACAACCCGUUUCACCCAAAAUGAAACCGAAACCAACACCAAAACCUAAACCUCCAGUACCACAAAAGAGAACAGAAACCCUUGUGAAACCCAUACCCAAACGUAGAGGUUCUUUAGAGACCACCUCCUAUAUCUCAGAACAAAAAGUAGAAAUUGCAAAACCAACAACACCUCCCACACCACCAACAACUCCGAUAGUUGAAAUACCCAAACCCAUGGAACGUAUUAUAGUGGGAGUAGAACAUCAUAUAGUUUUACCCCAAACAGUGAUUAAUGCCCAAGUAAAUUCUUCAAAUGACCAACAACCUCCUCCGGUUAUAACAUUAGCUAGCGAAAAUCUACCCUCGGUAGAGAAACAAUCUUCUCAUCAUUCAAAUAUGCCUCUGCUGGCACAAACUGCUUCUGGAGAUUUACUGGAAACUAUCAAUUUGCCCAAUGUGACCUUAGAGAGUAAAGAUCUAUUGACCUCUUCAUCAGCUGAUUCGGUCAAGAGUGCCAUUAAGGUGGAAGCUGUUGUCGAGCAUACCGACGACGAGGAUUUCAAGGAGGAGCAGCAGAAGCAGCAGGUGCAGGUGGACGAGAUUAAGGUGCAAGAAGAGAAAGAGCAAAAAGAAAAAGGUAAGUGGAAAAAAGUACAUUUAAUUAUAUUAAAAAGGAUUUUUAAGCUUUUUUCCUAA